UUUCUUCAAGUCAAAGCCAGUAUUCCAAGCUUGCUUCUGUGAGUAGACGCGUUUUCAGUAUUUGGUGAAAUCUCAGUCAAGUAAACAUCAAUUCAAAGGUAACCCACCAUCGAGGAACUGUUGGAACGAUAUGUACAGAUACAAGCCAUUCAGAAAAUUGAUGCCAAUUCUACUAACAAUACAAUUCAGCUACACCAUGUCCACCGCACAGCAAACCUGGCGCCCCAAGGUUCUGGUAACCAACAAGGAGACCCCGGAAAAGGGCAUCACCAUUCUACGACACAAAUGUGACGUGAUUUUUCCGGACAAUGUUCCAGCUACUAGGGAUGACAUCCUGAAGCUCGUCCCUGGAGUGGACGGUAUCAUGUGGGUGGGUCACUAUGCGCUGAAUGGAGAAGUACUGGACAUUGGAGCUCCUACUUUGAAGGCCAUUUCCACAAUGUCGGCUGGAAUGGACUAUGUGGAUAUUGAGGAAUUCAAGCGCCGAAACUUUCCUCUAGGAUACACCCCCACGGUGCUGAAUGAUGCUGUGGCAGAUGAAGCGAUUGGAUUGAUGAUCGCCGCAGGAAGACGUUUCCAUGAGGGUCGUUUGAAAAUCGAUAAUUCACAAUGGCAAGGCGGACCACAGUGGAUGCUUGGUCGUGAUAUCAAGGGAAGCACCAUUGGUAUAAUCGGACUAGGCGAGAUCGGUUUGACCAUCGCCAAACGAUUGAAGGGAUUUGAAGUAGGCGAUAUUAUCUACAGCGGAAGGAAGCAUAAACCGGAAGCAGAAUCAGUUGGGGCUAAAUUUGUCUCUCAGAAUGAAUUGCUGAAGGAAAGUGAUUACGUUUUCGUUUGCGUGCCGUUGAACAACAGUACUCGCAAUUUGAUCAACGAAACCACCUUAAAGCUCAUGAAACCUACGUCGGUUCUAGUCAAUGUCGCACGGGGAGAGAUUAUCGAUCAGGACGCUCUGGUGGCUGCUCUGAAGAAUGGGACCAUAUUUGCCGCUGGCUUGGAUGUAAUGACCCCAGAACCGUUGCCCGCCGAUAGCGAACUGUUGAAGCUUCCUAAUGCUGUUGUCGUUCCGCAUCUGGGGUCUGCCACGCAGCGCACACGUGAGGACAUGUCAGUUAUUGCAGCACAUAACGUACUGGCCGGAAUUGCAGGAACCCCGAUGUUGGCGCCUUACCCUUACUAAUGUACCUAAGCAGCAAAUUUAUGGAAUGCGACCUAAUGCCUUUACCUAUGUAUUUUUGAAAGUUUCGAUGUUUUAUAUUACAAACUAAAUUAUUAAAUAUAUAUUAGCAAUAAACUAUGUGGAAAAUAUCUAGAUCUAGAA